ACGCUUCAUUUGUUAUUAAUCGUGUCUUACUUCCUCAUAUGUUUUUGUUACAACCAACAUAAACGGGCAUAUCUACUGAUUAUACCACUUGCUAAAUAGAUUUACCUCCAACUGUCAAUUAACAUCCGGCAUGGGUACUGGUACGGCAGAGAAGAAUUCCCAUAAUUUCCUGAGCUCUCUUAUUAUCCUCCUCUUAUAAAACAAAAAACUCUCUUUCUCUCAGUCUCUCACACACACAGACACACAAAACUUCAUUAAUCCUUCCUCCGCCAUGGAAAUUUCCUACCUCCUCUAUUUCAUCCUCUUCCUCCUCUCCUAUCCGCUGGCAAAAUACUUCCUCAAACCCAAAACCGGAAGCCUCCCGCUCCCACCGUCCCCCGCCUUCCCACUGCCAAUCCUCGGCCACCUCCACCUCCUCCGCAAACCUCUCCACAGAACCCUCGCCGCCCUCUCCGCCAAACACGGCGGUGGCGCCACCCUCCUCCGCUUCGGCUCCCGCCGCGUCCUCCACGUGUCCUCCCCUUCCCUCGCCGAGGAAUGCUUCACCAAAAACGACGUCGCAUUCGCCAACCGCCCCGGCCUGCUCGCCGGGAAGCACCUCGGCUACAACUUCACCACCCUCGUGUGGGCCCCUUACGGCCACCACUGGCGCAACCUCAGGCGCGUCGCCACAAUCGAGAUCCUCUCCACCACCCGCAUCCACAUGCUCCAACAAAUCCGCGUCGACGAGACGCGCGCCACGCUCCUGAGGCUCUUCGAGAAAUCCACCUCCGCCAGCGGCGUCGCCGUCGUGGACAUGAAGUCGAUGUUCUUCGAGCUGACCAUGAACGUGAUGAUGAGGAUGAUCGCCGGGAAGAGGUAUUAUACUGGGGGCGCCGGCGGCGAGGAGGAACUGGAGGAGGCGAAGAUGUUUAAGGAGAUUGUGGAGGAGACGAUGGAGCUGAGCGGCGCUACCAACGUCGGGGAUUUUGUGCCGGUUUUGAGGUGGGUUGGUUUGAAUAAGGGGGAGAAGAGAUUGGCGGCGCUGCAAGGGAAGAGGGACGGGUUCAUGCAGAAGUUGAUUGAAGAGCGGAGGAGGAGGAGCGUGACGGCGGCGCGUGGGGGUUCCGGUGAGGGUGGGCAUAAGACUAUGACGGAUGUGCUGCUGGGAUUGCAGGAGACGGAGCCGAAGUACUACACUGACGAUAUAAUUCGAGGCUUGAUGCUAAGUCACAAUAUGAUCUAA